AUGCCUACUUGCACCGAUUGCGGAGGAACUGUUAUCGAGUACGAUGCAGCUGCAGGAAAUGGAUUCUGUGUUGCCUGUGGGACUGUUGUCGAGGAGAACACCAUCGUCAAUGAGGUCGUCUUCGGGGAAACCAGCUCGGGAGCGGCCAUGGUGCAGGGUUCAUUUGUCGGAUUGGGUUCAACUCACGCCAGGAUGAGUGGUCCGUAUGGCAAUAGGGGAAAUUCCGAGAGCAGGGAACAAACAAUCGCCAACGCUAGCAAGAAAAUACAGAGUAUUGCGAAUGUCUUACGGCUAUCAGAGAGCGUCUGUCUAGCCGCGACUAGAAUGUACACGCUUGCUGUGGAGCACAAGUUCACCAAAGGUCGCAAAAGCAUGAACGUCGUUGCUGUGUGUCUGUACGUCGCGUGUCGACAGAAGGAGACGCGGAAUUACAUGCUCAUUGACUUCUCCGAUCUACUGCAAGUCAAUGUAUUUGAACUCGGUCAUACAUAUCUCCAAUUGGUGCAGACAUUGAAUCUUCGACUUCCUCUUGUCGAUCCAUCUCAUUACAUAUCCCGCUUCUCUGCAUUGCUCGAAUUUGGCGAUGAAACUCACAAAGUCGCCACUGACGCCGUACGGCUCGUGCAACGGUUCGACCGUGAUUGGAUGACUCGUGGACGGCGGCCCGCUGGUAUCUGCGGUGCGGCCCUGCUACUGGCUGCCAGAAUGAACAACUUCCGGCGAAGUAUGGAAGAGAUCGUCCAAGUCGUAAAGAUUGCCGACACAACAUUGAAGAAACGCUUGGACGAAUUCAAGAACACACCGAGCGGUGAGCUGACUGUCGGUGACUUUCGGAGCGUGUGGCUGGACGAGGAAGUUGAUCCACCCGCUUUUACGAAGGGACGGGAAAAAGAAGAGGAGGAGCGAUUGAUCAGAGAGGGCGACGAAGAAGCUCUCGAGAAAUUGAGAAAGAAGAAAGGUAGACGAAAAGGGAAAAGAAAAAGAGAAGAAAGCGAUGAAGAAGUAAUGCCUGAUAUGUCUGAGCAGGUUGCCAAAGGUUUUGAUUCGUCCCUCUUGAACGAAGGCAUUCUCUCUGGAACAACUGUAGGCCCAACGCCUCUCUUCUACCCUGCUCCUGAUGAUGUUCCCAUUGAUCCUGCGUUUCUGGAUACAUCUUCGAUACCUACGCCUACGGCCAUCGACGAGACAGUAUCAACUGCGGUGGCAGAGGAGGUGUCGGCAUACCUUCAGAACCCUCAAGGGGCCAUGUUAAGCGGGGCUCUGGAUGAGGCAGAGCAGAGACGGUUAGCAGGUAUCAGUGUUGUCGACGAGCUUACGGGACUUGACGAAGAAGAGCUCGAUCGGUUCCUGCUAAGCGAAGAGGAGGUAAAGAUUAAAGAACGCGUAUGGGUGGAGUUAAACAGAGAUUAUCUGGAAGCAUUGGCAGCUAAAGGCGAUCAGUCAAAUACCACUACCAGAAGCAAGAAGCGCCGAAAAACGAAGCCUCGGGACUCAACCACCGCUCAUGGGGCAACAACUGCUGAGAGCGUGAAGAACAUGAUCAAGAAGAAUCCUAAAUAUAGCAAGCGUAUCAAUUACGAUGCUUUAAAGGAUUUGUUCGUGGACGGUGGGGCUGUCCCGACAUUAGACGAAAAAGACGAAGCCAAUUUGUACACCAUGGACGACAAGAGUGAUGGAGAAGGUGGCGGGGCGCUUCUGGUCAUUGAAGAAGAUUCGGCACCUCCUCAGCCGCCGCCUGAGGAUGACAAGGAUGACGACAAAGAAGGUGAGGACGCCGCAGCUGACGACAUUGGUUGGGACGACGUCUACGAGCAAGAAGUCUAAGAUAACAUGUACAACGGACAUCAAGUUCACUUGUAUAAUUAGCUUGCUUUGAUGUAUUCGUAGAUUAUUCUGCUCGCACACUUGUAAUGAAGGGGAAUCAGGGAAACCAAUAUGCAUUAUACUGUAUUUUAUCACUGAAAUAGCAGGGGGAAGAAAUUAUUCUUCCUUCUUGGAUCCGACACGCUUCUCAGCCUCAGUAAUGGCGGCGUUGUCAGUUUGAGGGCCGGUAGCUAAACGUAAUGAUUGAGCACAAACAAGGUUUGGAAAUUUGACACUUACCUCCGAAAAACCCUGGAGGCGAUUUGAAGGGGCGCUUCAAGUCACCCUCGGCUGGCUUGCCAAAGAUAUGGAUAGCGACGAGCUUGGCAUCAUA